CAAGAACAUCCACUGUUGCCAGUCAACCCAGUAUAAACAUUACUCCCGUGUGGACAACAUCUGUCAGUCCAUCUGGGGAAUCGGGAUUUAAACACAUCGGCUCUGAGUUUUUUACAUCGCCUCCGUUUUAAGGUAACAUGGAAUGGAUGAUUUAAUCACAGGACAGAGAAACCGCUCAAGGGACUCAUCGGGAGAUAAGGCUGUGACAGAAGCCACGACUCCAACGACUAGAUUGACUUCUUUACCGCCAAAGGGAACAAGCGGAUCAAAUCACAGGAAUAUGUCCAGCGGUGCUGGGGGGCUGGCCCUGGAGAAGAACGUUUUAACCCAGAACAGCAGUGGAAGUUAUUUCUCCUCAUCCUCCGUAGGUGUGAGUGUCAGUGGCUUCAGCUCCUCCUCAGGGGUAUACCUAGGAGAAGACUCCUCGGGAGGUGGCGAUGGCGGGGGAAGCUACGGAGAUGGAGAAGGCUAUGGGAGUGGAGGCAGAGGAACUGGAAGCUAUCUGGUGAGCUCGGUGUCAAAGGUGAAGUGCAGCUCAUCAGGGAGUGCCAGGAGGACGCAGGGUGCCACCUCGGCGGGAGGUCUGUCUCCAGCUUUCCGCGACAGGAAGAAUAUGUCCAGUUGCUCUGCAGGUUAUGAUGGAAGCUCAAGCGGCAAUUCCUCUCCAGAAUUCACACGCAAGGAUUAUGGAAACUAUUGCUCCAGUGCCACCAGAGGGAGGAGUCAAAGCAGAGAGAGCGAGAUCAGAGCCAGACUACAAAGUGCCUCUCCUACCACUUGCAGAUGGACGGAGCUGGAUGAUGUGAAGAGGCUGCUGAAGGCGGGGCGCUCCUGCAGCGUCAGCCCCACCCGUUCCUCCACCCACUCUAUCACCUUGCCUGUACCCAGCAAGGCUGCGGUGGGCACCCAGAUCCUCACCCAGUCUUCUCAGUCCGUUUCAACUCAGUGUGAUACAAAUGGGAGAACAGGCCAGUAUGACAUCGGUCUGAAAUCAGGCCUGUAUGAUACCAGUAUAAAAUCUGGCCAAUAUAACACCACUUUGAAAUCAGGCCAAUACGAUACCAGUUUAAAAUCAGACCAAUAUGACAUGGGCUUGAAAUCAGGCCAAUAUGAUACCACUUUGAAAUCAGGCCAAUGCGAUACCAGUUUGAAAGUGGGCCAAUACGGCAUCAGUCUGAAAUCAGGCCAGUAUGAUACCGGUGUCAGAUCUGGACAGUAUGCUUCUUCUACACUGGACGGUACUCUGCCCUCCUUCCCCUGGUCCACCUCCACCCUCCCUGCAUCCCAGCCCACAACGGUCACCGCUGGCUGCAACAGCAGCACGUACACUUACCAGGUCAACACCAACAACAUGUCAGGAUCAUCCCUGCUCAACACCACCUCCCCCUCCUCCUCCUUGUCAGUUUAUGGCUUUCAGAAUAAUUUGGCCCCCACAUGCAGUGUGCUUACUACUAGUGGUGCUAACAUAAACGCUAACCUAGGAGGGUACGGGGUACAGAAAAACGUCUCAACUACUGGUGGUGUUGUCAGUACCGGAGUCUCUACAACCACUAGGUCCCAAACGGAGGAUGCCUACAAGAAAGACUAUAAAUUUCUGCUGUUGGACAAAGAGAACCUUCCAGCCAAGAGGGACACAGAAGUGCUCAUCCUGGCCAAAGACAGCGGCAAGCAGUUUACAAGCAGCAGCGCUCUCAUCGGAGGGGGGUCCAUGUCAGGAGACUCCAUGAAGAAAGAAAAACUGGUGACAUGCUACAGUGAGACAGCCCCACUGAAGUCAGAGUCAGGCAAUUACUAUGGAUCAUCUGGAGUUCUCAUGAAAGACAAGGCCACAUAUGCAGAGAUCCGGACAGACAGCGGUUUCUGCGGCGGAGGAGCAGGGUGGUGUUGCGGCGGCAAGGACUCGUGUUGCUCCUGGUGGAAGUGGCUGCUCGGCCUCCUCCUCCUUACCCUGCUGCUGCUGGGGCUUCUGUUCGGCCUCAUUGCGCUGGCUGAAGAUGUGAGAAAGCUGAAGAAUCGAGUGGCUGCCCUGGAGGCCGAGGCCUCUGUUGCUGCCGCUCAUACCAGUCGGCUGUCUACCAACGACAUCAACAUAGUUCACUCAGGCACCUAUAUGGACAGCGGAGGCAAUGCCCGCAAUGACAAUACCCUACACCUGGACUCCGGCGGAGGCUCCCAUGGCAGUGGCAGAGUCAGUGUCAGUACAGAUGUUGGCGUUCACGGCAGAACCGAUGUUGGUGGCACCGCAUUUGGUGGAGGUGCCAGCAGCGGCGGCAGUACCGGCAGCAGUGGCGGUACCAGCAUCAAUGGUGGUGGUGCAGGAGUCGGUUUUGCCGGAGGCAGUGCUGGCAAGACAUUUGGUGCUGGUACCAGCAGCGGUGUCGGUACUGGCGUCAGUGGCGGUGGUGCCAGAGGCAGCGCUGGCACGGCAUUUGGUGCCGGUACCAGCAGCAGUGGCAGCGCUGGCUCAAGGACAGGCAUCAGCUUUGGCACUGGUCAUGGUAUCGGCUUUGGUGCAGGACAUGCGGACGAUGCAGCCUUACAGAUGAUGAUCCAGCAACUUCUAAGAGCUGAAAUGCAGUCUCAGUCAUUCAGAGCUCUUAUAACAUCUUCAGCGAGAGGAGAGAAAGGAGAAGCUGGACCUAAAGGAGACACAGGAAGUCCUGGAUUAAGGGGCGAUAAUGGUUUCCCUGGGCUUCCAGGUGCUCCAGGUGCAAUGGGUCAUGCAGGCCCAGAGGGGCCCAAAGGACAGAAAGGAAGUGCAGGUGAUCAUGGAUUGGAGGGGCCACCAGGCCUCAGGGGUCGUGAGGGCCCAGCCGGCCCCAGAGGUGAGACAGGGCCUCCAGGCUUUGGAGAGAAAGGCGACAGAGGUUUUCCUGGGUCUCAUGGACCUGCUGGACCUGUCGGCCCGAUGGGGCCCAAAGGUUCACCUGGAGUGCCCGGGCUCUCUGGGAUACCAGGUCAGCCAGGCUCUCAAGGUUUCCGAGGCGAAGCAGGCCCACCUGGGACUAAAGGGGAGAGAGGGUCUCCCGGAUCACAAGGAAUUAAAGGUGACAUGGGUGAAAAAGGACAGCGAGGUCCACCGGGUGACCCCGGCGUGUCAGGACUGCCAGGGCUUGCAGGAGAGAAAGGAUCUAAAGGAUCAGCAGGGCUUCCAGGACUUGAUGGUGAGAAAGGCCAAAGAGGUGACCAGGGGUCAGCUGGGCCACCUGGCAUCAGAGGUCCUCCUGGGCCUCCUGGAGAAGCCAGUCUUUCAGGAGCACCUGGGCUUCAAGGACCACCAGGAAUACCAGGGAAUCCAGGACAACCUGGGGCCAAAGGUGAAACCGGUGCACCAGGAAGAGUCAUUAAUGCAGCUGGUUCCAGCUCUGUGGGCAUCCCUGGACCACCUGGGCCUGCUGGAUCUCCAGGGCCCGCUGGACCUCCAGGCUUAUCAGGCCCUAUUGGCCCAGCUGGUCUGCCUGGCCAAUCUGGUCCUAAAGGGGACAGGGGAGAAAAAGGUGACCAAGGUGAAGCAGGAAUAUCAGCGAGGACUUCUGAGACUGUUAGCUCAUCCAGAUCUGAAAGACAAUUUGGUGCUGCUGGGAUUACAGGACCACCCGGACCACCGGGACCUCCUGGGCCUCCUGGACGUGCAGGAGAUUCAAGACCAGGACCUCCAGGACCCCGGGGUCCUCCAGGUGAGCCAGGAUAUGGUAGACCAGGGCCAAAAGGAGAUAAAGGAGAACCAGGAAGCUUUUUACCCGGCUCAGGAACAUACUUUGCCGGACCCCCUGGACCUCCUGGAUCACCUGGACAGAAGGGAGCAACAGGCUCCCCUGGACCAAGAGGCUACCAAGGUGAAGCAGGACAGCCCGGUUUGCCAGGCCCCACUGGGAGACCAGGAGGCUCUGACAGAGUUUUGUCCUAUGGCGGAAGCCAACAAGGGCUACCUGGACCACCAGGACCACCAGGUCUACCAGGGCCUGCUGGACCAGAGGGCCGCAAAGGGGACACUGGAGCUUCUGGUGCUCCUGGUAUUCCUGGCUCUUCAAGAGGCUCAGUAUCAGUCACCUCAGGACGUCCUGGUCCUGCUGGUCCUCCUGGCCCUCCGGGUCAACCAGGUCAACCGGGCUCCUUCUCUUCCUCAAGCGAGAUGCGCCAGUACAUCACUGAUUAUCUAAGUAGAAGCAGGCAGUCUGGGAUUCCUGGCCCUCCAGGCCCACCUGGUCCUCCAGGAACCCCUGGAUCCUUCUCUGGUUCUCUCGAAGACAUAUCCUCUCGCAUCAUUGCCUACUUACAACAAUCACGUUCAGGGUUCAGUAUUGGGGCUCAGGGUCCCCCAGGACCACCUGGCGCCCCUGGAAUACCUGGCUCUAGCUCUGGGCCCCUAUCUGUCAGUGCUCUCAUCAUCCUGUUACAGCGGGACGAUGUCAGGCGAUAUUUGACAGGCCCACAAGGACCACCAGGCCCGCCAGGGACACCAGGAACAUCGGGAGGAAGUGUCACCAACUAUAAUGUGCAGGAGAUAGCCACUUAUGUCUUCAGAAUCAUGAAUGAGAGGGGAAUUACCGGUGGGCAGCCUGGACCACCAGGCCCUCGUGGGCUCCCGGGUCCUCCAGGUCCUGGCCUCUCGACUUCUGUGAUUGACUAUUCUUCAUUGAUGAGAAACUCCGAGUUUCGUUCGAUGAUAAGCCGUUCCGUUGGACAGCCCGGCACCCCUGGUACCCCAGGACUGCCUGGCCCACCAGGUCCACCAGGGCCCCCCGGACUUUCCACUUCCACCGUGUAUGGGUCAGCAGGCGGUGGCUACAAAUUGGAGGAUAUCCAGCGCUACUUGCAGACUUCUGGGUUCAGAGGUCUCCCGGGUCCACCGGGUCCACCAGGUCCUCAGGGACCGCCAGGCGGGUCCCAAGGGGUGGUAACCUUCAGUGGAAACUACCCACGGGAGACCAUACGUGCAGAACUGCAAGAAUAUCUCACCACUGACACCAUUCGACGUACUAUGAUGGGACAACCAGGGCCACCAGGACCAAUUGGACCAAGGGGUCACAAAGGAGAUCGCGGAGAGCCAGGUUAUGUCCACAGCUACAGUCAGAGCCAAAGCUUCCCUCAGGGUGACUCUCGACGUGAUGCCCGAUACAACUCUGACCAACAACAGAUUGACGUUGGCAAGUUGACUGAGACGCUGGACUACUCCAACGUUGCCCUGAAAGUUAGCGACUACAUCAAGAACCAGGGCCUGCUGCAGGACUACCUGGUUGAAGGAGGCUGGGGGGGACGUGUGAGAGCGGUGCAAGGACCCCCCGGACCGCCCGGCCCCCCUGGACCCCCUGGCUACAGCCGCGUCAUCGGCUCCUACGGCAAUGUCACAGCUGACCUCAUGGAGUUCUUCAGAACCUAUGGUACCAUCCCUGGCCCAGCAGGAAGACCUGGUCCAAAGGGGGAGAGAGGCUACCCAGGACCCAAAGGAGACAAAGGAGAUCAUGGGCCCCCUGGUGCACCGGGCUUACCAGGGAUCCACACUAUCCAGUCUCACAGAGUGGAGAAGAGGGAUACAGGCAAGGCCGAGGUUGGUCGUCGUCAGAAUCACCGUCGUCGCAUCAACGGUGUCUAAGGUGUUAAAAGAAGCUACCUAUUUUACUACUGGGUCAUUUUAGCUGUCAUUUCCACUUCCACAUCUCUGUCUGCAAGUGCUAAAUAGUAGUGCAUGGGUGAUUAGUUCAUUUGUCCUGUUUUAUGUAGUUAAGUAAGCAAGAGUGGUCGGUAUGGGAAAAUUAAAUUUGGCAUGAAAAACCAUCAGUCUCUUCAAAAUUGUUGAAGUUGAGGUAUGGCUUUGGCUGCUGGUCAGUGUUUUAUAGGGACACGUAUGACUUAAAAAUAGGUUUGUGGGUGUACGAUGUUUACUGUGCAUAGCGGGUAUCAAGGCUUUUUUUCCUCCAGGGGCAGUUUGUGGAAAAAUAUUGAUUUUGAAGCAAUAAUUGGCAAUGGCUGAAACUUUGACUUUUUUUUUUAAAAUGUUUUUUGCUGCUUUUAUAGUGUUUUAAGCAUAUUUUGUUGGUUGUUCAAGAACCACCUAUCAGGGCUAUACUGUAUUGAGGAAUAGAAGUAUUACACCUAACGUUCAAUGUUAAACCAAGAUUUGCAUUUUUAAUAUGAUACUCCAUGACUGCUUCAUACUACACCAGUGAUGUCGCAUUUAUCCACUUAACUCGUGUGUGGUUCAGCUAUAGCAACCACCAGUUCCUCAUCCCAAUUCAUAUUUAUGAACAUUUCUGAAAACACUAUUUUUUAAUGAGUGGUAUAUUGUUUUAUUAACUGGACAUUUCCUAAUCAAAAUGACUAUUUUGUGGUAAGGCACUUUGGGUAGGGGUUCCUGGUUUAUCUGGGAGGGGUUUCCUCUGGAUUGCAUUCUUCACCAGCGAUUUAAACUUCUAACCAAGCUGUUGGUGACGUUACUAGGGUGGAACUUAAAUAUUAACCAGGAAAUGACUGGUUGAAAUGUUUAUUUUUGUAUGACACGGCACUGAAAUUGACAUUUUCUUAAUACCUUUUUUUAAAAAGUUGAGAAGAAAUUAUAAGAAAUAUGGAAUAAUUUGUUCCUGGAUUAUAUUUUACAUUCCUGAACUAUUGAGUUUUGGUCAACUUGUAAUGACCUUCAAAAGACAUUCAAAUAAAUUAUUUUUGAAAUUAUGGGUCUUGACAUAUAUUUGAUAUCGUUCCUAAAUUGUUUGCAACAGCAGGUGCUGUCAACCAGCUUUUGAGACAAUCAAAACCAACAUAUGCAUAAAAAGAGGCCGAUGUACAGUUAAUAUUUUAUUUACAACAAAAAUGACCAUUUAUUGAUAAAACUUAAAUACAUUUUAUUUGACCUCAAAAAUGUAUAUAGGAUUAUUCAAUGUGGUAGGAUGACAAUUCAUCAACCCAUCAAAAGGCUGCACCAUAACAAAAAAAAAUAAUAAUAAAAGGCUUGCUUUAAAA